AUGAAUUUAAAUGUUUUAAUAUAUUUAAUUAGUAUUUCAACAACACAAGACAACAACGAUAUACUUCUAAAAAAUUUAGAAAAAUUGUACAACUUUAUACGAUGGGAAAUAAAUAUGGUAAAAGCGGAAGAUUAUCAUUCAAACGGUAUGUCUAAUGUAGUUAGAAUCGCGAAAGUUUUUAUUUCUAUAUUAAUUAAACCAAGAAAAGCCAACAGCUCAAUAAUAAAACAAAAGUUAGAGUUUUUGAAUAAAACAGCUUGUAGAUUUAUAAAAAAAUCAAGAUGUUUGAAUCUUGAUAAUAUAAGAAAAAGGAAUACUUUUAUAGAAGCUAUUAUAACUCAUGAAGACUUUAAUAUGUUUACGGUUGUUAAUUUUUUAAGUGAUGCGAUUAUUACAAUUUCUCUACUGGAAAAAAGUUUAAAAAAAUUUUUAAAAAUAAUUGAAGAUUCAAAUUAUAAAUUUGAAUAUAAAGAUCUUUAUUUUAGAAAUAAUUGCCAUUUAGAUCUACUUAAAUUACUAUUUCAACAACAAUUUUCAAUUUUUUUAAAAAGAAAUACAACAAUUUCUAAAAGUAUUAAAAAAAUUUAA